CCCUGACCGUGAAGUUUCUGACCAAGAGAUUUAUCAGCGAAUAUGACCCCAACUUGGAGGACACCUACAGCUCUGAAGAGACUGUGGACCACCAGCCUGUUCACUUGAGGGUCAUGGAUACUGCAGACCUGGACACCCCCAGGAACUGCGAGCGCUACCUGAACUGGGCCCAUGCCUUCCUGGUGGUGUAUAGCGUCGACAGCCGCCAGAGCUUCCAGGGAAGCAGUGGCUACCUGGAGCUGCUUGCUUGGCAUGCGAAGGAGACACAGCGCAGCUGCCCGGCCCUGCUGCUGGGCAACAAACUGGACAUGGCCCAGUAUAGACAGGUCACCCAGGCAGAGGGUGCGGCGUUGGCCGGCAGGUUUGGGUGCCUGUUUUUCGAGGUCUCUGCCUGCCUGGACUUUGAGCAUGUGCAGCACGUCUUCCAUGAGGCUGUGCGAGAGGCCCGGCGGGAGCUGGAGAAGAGCCCCCUGGCCCGGCCCCUCUUCAUCUCCGAGGAGAGGGCCCUGCCCCCGCAGGCUCCACUCACCCCACGGCAUGGCCUUACCAGCUGCGCCUUCAACACGCUCUCCACUGCUAGUCUCAAGGAGAUGCCUGCCGUGGCCCAGGCCAAGCUGGUCACGGUGAAGGCCUCCCGGGCCCAGAGCAAGCGCAAGGCACCCACUCUGACCCUGCUGAAGGGCUUCAAGAUCUUCUGAGCGCCCCCCCAGGUCCCACGGGCCCCGGGGCUGGGCAGGGCUGCAAGACAGACAGGCUGGUCAACGCUAGGCUUUGCCUCUGAUGGAC